CGCGGCGGCAGCAGCAUCCUGUGAGCGCGAGCGGAGGAGACGCUACAUCCCCGCGAGCUGCACGCGCUGAUCUGCCCGCGCGGAGUUACCGACCAGCACUACAGCCGCACCGGAGCGCCGCCGCGGGACCUGCGGGGAACUGAGCGCCGCUGCGGGGCUACUCUGAGUGAGAGAGUCGGAUGUGGAGUUAUUAACUAAAGGUUCUGGUUCUGUAAGGAAGUAACGGAGCUCCGGACCCGGGACUUCACCUACCCUCAUCUGGACUCUUCACUGGACCUGAAAUGAUUCGGAGCGACUCCUCCAGACAGUGUGAACACAGCUGAAUUCGCAUUCUUUAGGAUUACACCGCUUUUCUCCACAGUUCUCCGGUUCUACAGGAUGUAUGUUCUGGUUCUGCUGCUGUUCUUCUCCGUUACCGGACUCUCCUCAGUUUCGGCUCUGACCUCGCAGAUGGCCAGCUCCUGCGGAGGGAACAUCACCAUCUCCAGCGCCGGAUAUGUCACGUCCCCUGGGUACCCGUCCUCGUACCCUCUUUCAGAGCAGUGCGUGUGGCUCAUUCGAGCACCGGACCCACAGCAGACGAUCCUCAUCAACUUCAACCCACACUUUGACCUGGAGAACCGCGAGUGCAAGUAUGACUAUGUGGAGGUGUAUGAUGGAGACAGUGAGAAGGCCUCUAUGGUGGGGAAGUUUUGUGGUAAAAUUGCUCCGGCCCCCAUCAUUUCCUCUGGAAACUCUUUACUGAUAAAAUUCACCUCAGACUACGAGACCAACGGCGCGGGCUUCAGCAUCCGCUAUGAAGUGCACCAGAAGAGUCUGGAGUGCUCCAGAAACCUCACCGCACCGAGUGGAGUUAUACGGACUCCGGGGUUCCCUGAUAAAUACCCCAACAACCUGGAGUGUACCAUCAUCAUCUUCGCCCCCAAGAUGGCGGAGAUCGUUCUGGAGUUCGAAAGCUUCGACAUAGAGCCCGAUCCCUCUGCCCCCACUGGAGCCGUCUGCCGAUUUGACUACCUGGAAAUCUGGGAUGGAUACCCCACAGUUGGUCCUCAUAUCGGGAGAUACUGUGGUCAGCACAGUCCCGGCCGAGUCAUAUCCUACACCGGCAUCCUCUCCCUCUCCAUCCACACCGACAACGCCAUCAGUAAAGAGGGCUUCUCAGCCAAUUACAGCAUCCGAUCCAGCCCGGAGCUCCCUCAGGACCAGCAGAAUGAGUGCAUGGAUCCGCUUGGGAUGGAAUCAGGUGAGAUUAGUGAUGAGGCAAUUACAGCCUCGUCCCAGUACAACCCCAGCUGGUCUCCUCUCCGCUCACGACUAAAUUACACCAAAAACGGCUGGACACCAUCAGAAGACUCCCCCAGAGAGUGGAUACAGGUGGAUCUGGGUUUUCUUCGGUAUGUCACCGCUAUAGGAACUCAAGGAGCCAUCUCUAUAGAGACCAAGAAAGCCUACUAUGUGAAGACCUACAAAGUCAGCAUCAGCAGCAAUGGAGAAGACUGGAUCAUGGUGAAGGACGGCACCAAGCAUAAGUUUUUUCAGGGCAAUCACAACCCCACAGAUGUGGUGAUCUCAAAGUUCCCUAAACCCACCCUGACGCGUUACAUACGGAUACGACCUAUGACCUGGGAACAGGGCAUCUGCAUGCGCUUUGAACUGUAUGGCUGCAAAAUGUCAGACUCUCCGUGCUCCAGUAUGUUGGGGAUGGUGUCGGGCCACAUUUCGGACGCUCAGAUUUCGGUCUGGCCGGAGGUGGAGCGGGGGUGGUUACCGGAACAGGCCAGGCUGCUGACGGGCCGGUCUGGCUGGGUGUCUCCCAUCUCACACAGUGCUACACUCUCCCCGUACCUGGAGCUGGACCUCGGGGGCAUGCGCUGGGUCACUGGAGUGGUCCUGCAGGGCGGGAAACACCGGGAGAAGAGCAUGUUCGUCCGGCGCUUCAGACUAAGCUACAGCACCAACGGAUCGGACUGGAGCAACGUGCUGGAGGAGGACAGCGGCAAACCUAAGUUGUUUCUUGGAAACCAGAAUCAUGACACUCCAGAGGUGCGGUCCUUUGAUCAGCUGAUGACGCGGUUUGUGCGGGUGUAUCCUGAACGUGGUGGGCCCGAUGGAAUGGGGCUCAGACUGGAACUGCUGGGCUGUGAACUGGAACAGACCACCACUCCUCUUCCUCCAACCACUCCUCUUCCUCCCACUACUACAGUGGGGGCAACCUCCAGCGCACCAGUGAUCAGCCCAGCCAUCACUACCACAACCCCAACAACAGAGGAGUGUGACGACGAAUCAGCAAACUGCCACAGUGGAACAGGUGGAACAAGUGAAGACUAUGAGCCAACGGGUACCAUACCAGGGCCAAUACUGGAUGAAGAUCUUCUACCUGAGUUUAUAUGGUUUGCCUGUGAUUUUGGCUGGGCCGGCACGCCCUCCUACUGUGGGUGGGUACCAGAAAGCAUCGGCGGAGCUCAUUGGCUCGUACAAAGCAACGGCACACCCUCCAAUCACCAACUGCCCAAAGUGGAUUACAGAGGUGAACCAGGAAACUUCAUCUACACCGCACUGUCCUCAGAGUCUCUGAACCCAGAGACAGAGAAAGACACAGAGUCAACUGGAGAGACAAAGACGCAGAGAGAGGUGGAGGAAGACAAAGGAAAGGAUGUAGAGAGAGAUGGAGAAAGAGGAUGGGCGCGGUUGGUCAGUCUGCCAGUCACGGCUCCUGAAGAAGAUCUGUGCGUGUCGUUUUGGUACCAGUUCAGCGGAGAUCAAGCUGGCGCUCUGCACAUCAGACAGAGGAGGAAGGGAGGGGUGGAGGAGGAGGUGGAGGAGCAGGGAGGAGGUGUGGAGACAGAGAGGGAGGAGAGGAGGGCGGAGGAGGAGGUACUGCUGUGGAUGAAGAGCAGGCAGGAGACCGGGCGCUGGAGAGAGGGGAGGGUCCUGUUCCCCCGCACCGACUCUCCGUAUCAGGUGAUUAUUGAGGGUGUGAUUGAUGGAGCAUCGUCUGGUCAUAUCUCUGUGGAUAAUGUAAGAAUUGUCACCACUGUGGGUCCUGAGGAGUGUAAAGAUCCAGAAGUUGAGGUCAUUAUUGAUGAGCCUGAUGCUGAAGAAAAGCCUGAUAUUGUGGAGUGUAAUGAUGAAGAUGAGGAGGACACCGUGUGGCGGUUCGGACGGCGCGGGGGCUCCAUGUUAAAGACUCUGGACCCCAUCCUGAUCACCAUCAUCGUGAUGAGCGCGGUGGGGGUUCUGCUGGGGGCCGUGUGCGGGGUGGUGCUCUACUGCGCCUGCUCACAGAACCCCGACCGGAACCUGUCGGCCCUGGAGAACUACAACUUCGAGCUGGUGGACGGAAUCAAGCUGAAGAAGGAGAAAGUGAACGCACAGAAGUCCUACUCAGAGGCGUGAGGGGCUGGCCCCGGGGCCCCACGGCCGCCGGACAAGUGAUGAGGGGACAGUGAGGAAAGGCUCGCACGAGGCCCAGGGAACGUUUUAUUACUGAACCCUGCGAUGGGGGGGGGGGGGGAGAACGAUGACUGGGUAGCUUUGAGACUGAGCCGUACUUUUCUCAGGAUCUGCAGUAAGAGGGACUCACCUCCGGAGGGCGCUGCGUGUAAAGAUUAAAAUGUACAGUCAGUGGUGAUCGUCACUUUGUUGGUUUGUCCGUUUUGUUCGUCGUUUUUUUUUUUUUUAUACAAAGAUGCUGGUGAUGCGACCAAUCAAGAGGAAAGUAUCUUCUCUACGAGCUGGGACUCUGGGGGGGCGUGGCUUACUUGGGGGGGUGGGGGUCUUUUUUCUGAAGAAAAGAAGAAGAUGAUGGAAAUGGCGUGUAGGGAAAGAAACAUUGACACACAUUUGUAGUGUAGAACUGAUGAGCUUUCACUAUUUUAAUGCUUUUGUGCCUGUGCGUGUGUGUGUGUGUGAGUGAAAGUGUGUGUGCAAAUGUAUGAUUGUGUGUGUGUGUGUGUGUGCAUUUGAUUUAAAAAGGGUAAAGGGCAUGGUAGCAUGUGUGUGUAUGUAUAUGUGUGUGUGUGUGUGUGUGCGCGUGCGUGCGUGUGUGUUCCAUCACAAUAGUGCCUUUAUUACAUGUUUCUGUUGCCUUUUCACAGCUGGUCUCACCUCAGUCCUCAUCCUAUGAGCCGAAUCACACCCUGCAAUACUUGAUUGUUCCUACAGUCAUGUGAAAAAAAUAGAACACCCCAUUAAAAGCUUUUACUUUUUAAACAUAUUUAAUCAUACGGAAAUAUAGAUGCUUCGAAAUGCUCAUUGCUAUCUAACACCCAGCCAAGAGUCAAUCUUAAUGCCUUGCAUCUGCAUCAUUUAACUAGCGACAGUGGGGGCCCUGAGUGGUACAGUAGUCUAAAGCGCUGCUACUAUGAUCAGGAGAUUGCUGUUUGAAUCCCCGUCAUGCAGCUUGCCAUCAGCUGCCGGAGCCCUCUGAUAGUGUACAAUUGACCUUGCUCUGUCUGGGUGGGUACAGUAGAUGGUGCUGUUACCCCUUAUCACUCCAAAAGGUGAUGUUGAUCAGCACAAGGCGUCUGUGAGCUGAUGUAACAUAACUGCGUUUUCACAUGACUGUAUUUGUUGCCGGUGCUUCAUAAACACUGCCUAAAACAUACUGUACUGUAUGAUCUGCAUCAGUGAAACAUAAACCACCAUAUAUAAUACAUACUCCCCUCCAUAUUUACUUUCACCCCUACUAAUCAAUUAGGAACUGAAUAAAUUAGGGCUGGCCUGAAUAAUUACUUAAAAUUAUUUAAUGAUAAAAACAACUAAAAUAUAGCAAAUAAAAUAUAUAUUUCAUUCAUUAAGAUGGGGAUAGCAGUGUGUAAAUAGCCAUGUAGGAAUGUUGCAAGUGCUACCUCAGGAGAUAACUGUUGAAGUUGUGAGGUGCUAUCUUGUGAGGGAGUUAUGAGAGUUGGAGUGAAAAGGUCUGUUAAAUUAUAUCUGGACGGGAUUAGUUUCUAAGGGGGUAAUUUUUUUUUCUAUGGGUUUUUUUAUCCUCUGGGAUUUUAUUCCCAUCCAGAACGAACAUGUAUGUGUUUUUUUCCGGACCCACAUCUCUGAGUUUCGUCAUCUCGCGUUUAGUAAAAUAGCUAUAAUAGCUAUUUGUCCACGGCCGCGCACCGUAAUUACACUUUGGGUGCACAUUUCCAUGGAGAUCCAUGUAAACACAGCAGCGAGUGGAAAUGGAGGAGCUACUGAACUCGAUGUCACAUGACCGGGAAAGUCUAAAAACUCACUGGUCCUCCUGUUUUUUCAAUUGUGGUCUAAUCACUGAGUCCAAAAUCUAUAUUUUCAAAAAUAUACAAGGUUUUGUUUUUUAAUAGUAACAGUAUGUUCAUGGCUGAUUUCAGUUCAUUUGUUCUACCACUGUUAAACACUCAAACUAAUAAUACAUCGCUGCCCCCUGCUGAAUAUUUUUUGAACUACAAAAACACACAAAGUAUGCUAAAUCUUAUCAUGUAUCUCCAGAAUGUAUGAUUAAUUGUGAGAUAUAAAUGUAAAUGUGACGCUAAAAAUGGGUAUUAACAAAAACAUUUUUUGUGUAAAUACAAACCAGUAUUGAAGGGCCAGCCCUAAAGAAUGGGGAAAUAUUGAAAAUAAUGAAAAUCUUGGUCUGCUUUCUGUCUAAAUCUGCCAAAUUUGUCAGUCCGGGCUGACGUUGCUUUGUAAAUUUUACUCAUUAUAUUGUGUUAUUAUAUUGUCACCAAAUAUUGCUCCAUUUUUGUUGUUCAGAUUUGAAUAUGGAACCGAUAUGAAUGUUAUGUUUGUUGAACAGCAUCAGAAUUAUGCAUCAACACUCCAGAGAGAGACAGGCUGUGUUCAGACUGCAGGAAAAUGGGAUUUGUUUCUCAAAUCAGAUGUGCUGAGAUCUGACUGUCUAAACUCUUGUUUGGAAGUAAUCAGACGGGAUUUGCCUGUCUGGACAUCACAAACGUAUGUCUGCAUGGGUUGCUGUGAUGUUGAGGUCAUUGUCAGUCAGCUGUCUGCCUAAUGCCAGGUUCACACUACACGACUUUUUGGGUGGUCAGUUGUUGUGCUGUUCACACUACACAACUUGUGUAGUUGUGCUGUAAUCGUAAGUUCUUCAGUUGUUGAGACUUUCACACUACAUGACUGAUCAACGACACAGGGUCUCAAAUUACAUAAUUUUUCACUGUGGGAAAUCCAGAAACACGUUUAUUAAGAGAACACACCAGAACUAAGCACACGAGAGCUAGCGAUGCCAUGCCAGAGAAUCUUUAUAGAGGAGAAUACGCACUUAUAGUGAGUCCAACACAAAUGAGUUCAUAUGAAUCUCUAAUCUGUACUGAAAUAUGUACUUAUCUCCUCAACACAGAACUAUAUCAAAUGUUUCAGUACUGCAGACAUCAGCUCGCCAACCAAUUAGCUCACAGUAUCAGUAAUUCUAGUGUCUUUACAGUGUAAAACCUGUACAGGGUUUUCUUUAGAUAAACUGAAAUAUACAGGCAUGCUUUAUUUGCUUUUUUUAGUGAAAUACAUUAAUAUAAUUUUUCAAAUUUAAGAACUAAUCAAGAACUCUGUUAUUCCAUUGGAAUUGGAAUUGGUUUGUAGCUGCUGCU